UGCUGCCGAGAACAUACAACAACAAACUGCUCUAUGUUCUUUGCUGCUGUCUGAUAUAAAAGCGGAGCUCCAACUGCGCCGACAUCUGUCAUCAAGUGUCGUCCACUGAUAUUGUUGAGUGCUCCAGUUAUUUUAGUUUUUUUCAAGUUUAAAGUAAAACUUUACUAAAUCUCCAAAAAUGGCCGUUUGGGAAGGAAAGAAAUACAAAUUGGAAAAGAGUGAAAACUUUGAUGAGUACAUGAAGGAAUUGGGUGUCGGUAUGGUUAUGCGUAAAAUGGGCAAUAGCGUCAGUCCCACCGUUGAGUUGAAAAAGGAUGGUGAGACCUACACUUUCACCACUACCUCAACCUUCAAGACAUCGUCGAUCAACUUCAAGCUGGGCCAGGAAUUUGAUGAAGAGACACUGGAUGGUCGUAAAGUGAAGAGCGUCAUUACUUUGGAGGGCAACAAACUGGUGCAGGAACAGAAGGGUGACAAACCUUCAACCAUUAUUCGUGAGUUCACCGACUCCGAACUGGUGACUACCCUUACUAUUAACGGCGUCAAAUCCGUCAGAUUGUACAAGGCCGUAUAAAUCCACUGUUCAAAGACCAUAGCAACAAAUAGUUAAAUUAAUAAUGCCACAUCUUGCGAUAAUUAAGAAUUGAAAUACUAAAUAUCAUGCGUAAUAUUUUGCACUUUGUAUGACAACGUAUGCAUACAUCAAGAUAUAUUUUUGGUUUUUGAGUAUUCCAAUUUUUUUGGACUGAAAGUUUUUAAUUUUUCUAAUGCAUAACUGUAACUAAAUUAUGAAUUUGUUAUUGAAUAACAAUUACCAAUUAUUGUACCGUUAAGCAUUUAAAGAAUGUUAACUAUUUUUUUUUGCUAAUACAUUUUAAUGUAUUUAUAUUUGAAUUCAGAAAUUGUAUUACUGCUAAACAUUUAAGCACAAAACUUACGAUAGUAAAACGUGAGUAAUUUUUUGCAUUAAAAUAAAUUUUAUUAAAAGAAAAAAUUUUUAUCUUAAUGAAAAUAAAAAAAGCCAAAGGGUAAUGGGAAAGAG